GCAAGUCGUUUUGAGACCUGACAGAUCCGUAAACGUCCUCUAAUCUUCUACUUCUACCUAACCAGGGAAAUGGAUGGAGAAGGAGAGAGAACUUCGAGGAACCGAAAAUGGCUAUUGUUCGAGCUCUCAGAGUGCCCCUCAGACUCAGACCGCGCUUCUCAUCUCUCUCCUCCAUCGCCGGAUCCAUUAGCACGUUAGUGAUCGGGGAGCACGAAGGAGGCGCCGUGAAAGCGCCAACUCUGAGUGCAGUAGAAGCUGCAAAGUACUUGGGUGAGGGCAACUCCGUAUCCGUUCUAUUGGCGGGGACAGGUUCUUCGCUUCAAGACGCCGCCGAACAUGCUGCCUCAUGCCACCCCUCCAUUUCGCAGGUGAUUGUAGCUGAUUCGGAUCAUUUUGUUCAUCAUCUAGCAGAGCCUUGGGCUAGAUUGGUUCAGUUAGUCCAGCAGAGAGAAGGCUACUCCCACAUUGUUACUGUAUCGAACUCGUUUGGGAAAAAUGUGCUUCCCCGAGCAGCUGCCCUUUUGGAUGUGUCUCCAAUUACGGAUGUUGUUAGCAUUUCUGGACCGAAUCAGUUUGUUAGGCCGAUUUAUGCUGGGAAUGCCCUCUCUACUGUCCGGUAUACUGGGAACAGCCCUUGUUUGUUGUCUGUUAGAUCGACAUCUUUUCCUGAACCUACAGUUGCAGCAGACUUCAGGGCCGAAAAGGCUCCUAUUUCGCAGGUUGAUCUCUCGGCCUUUGAUGAAGAUUCCAUAAGGAAGUCUAGAUAUGUGAAGCUCACAUCACAGGAGACGGAACGCCCUGAUCUAGGAAAUGCUAAAGUUGUGGUCACGGGAGGUAGAGCCCUGAAAAGCGCGGAGAACUUCAAAAUGAUCGAGAAGCUUGCAGAAAAACUUGGUGCAGCAGUUGGAGCCACUCGAGCUGCUGUCGAUGCAGGAUUUGUUCCAAAUGACCUCCAGGUUGGCCAGACUGGAAAGAUUGUUGCCCCGGAGCUAUACCUGGCUUUUGGAGUAUCAGGUGCCAUUCAACAUGUAGCUGGGAUGAGAGAUUCCAAGGUGAUAGUAGCAGUUAACAAAGAUUCAGAUGCACCAAUUUUCAAGGUAGCUGAUUAUGGGCUUGUUGGGGACCUCUUUGAGGUGAUUCCGGAGUUGUUGGAGAAGCUCCCAGAAAAGUAGGCAACAGCUGCUGCAGGUUCGCAAGCAACCGGAACAAUUGGUACCCGCAAAUCCAUCAUCUGUUAAUUGUCAAUACAGCACCAACCCUUUAAUAAUGGAAGAAGCAUUGUGGACAAAUAGGGAACACUCUAUUUGACAAUGGAUUCGUGGCAAGUUGUGGCAUGGUUUUUAAGUCGCUUUAGUGUGGUUUCCAUUUGGGUUUUCGAAAGUAGAAACCAUCCUCAUUUGGUUUCAUGACGCGAGGUAAAGCAAAGAAAGAAAAACUGAUUUAUACGGUGGACUGGUGGAGACUCAGAGGUGAGGGAAUAUUUUAGAUGUUUUAGUUUAGCCAAUUAGAUUCUACAAGUUGCAGUAGAAUAUACCAAUUUGAAAUUCAAUAAGUAGUAUCAAAGCGAAAG